AACUACAGCUGGCAAGCCACAAAUCCCUUGGCCGGGGCUUUAAUCCUGCCCGAGAGACUGAGGCCCUGAGGGACAGAGGCACCAAACAGCGCAGGCGCAAGGGGCUGAGGCAGACAGGACUCUGCUGGUAGAUGUAGUUUUUUUAGGAGUAUGACUCCGUUGUCCGGCGCGGAUUACAUCUAUUUUGUAUUGCCGCAAAAAGAACGGUUUAAGAAAAAAGGGAUCCGGUUCCCCGUCCAAGUUUGAACUUAAUGUUAUGUACAGCUGUCCCUAAUUUAGACCAGAUCGUUUGCUCAUGGACUUCGUUUCCCAGCGUCCAACAGUGCUGAUUCAGCGGCUAGCAAAUCUCGCACUGAUCGAGUCGAUCACGCAGAAUGGGCAGCCCUCCGGCCAGAGUCAGCAGCCCAGGCCGGGCGAGAGUGCGGGACCCCGCCACCGCAAAGGGGGCGAGGAAGGAAGGCCCCCCAGCGCGGAGAGGACAGCAGAGACGGGCAAAAGCUACACAUCGGAACAGCUGGAUGCCGUGAAGAGAAUAAAACAGUGCAAAGACUAUUAUGAGAUUCUUGGGGUGAGCAGAGACACCACAGACGAAGACUUGAAAAAGGCCUACAGAAAGCUGGCUCUGAAAUUCCAUCCAGAUAAAAACCACUGCCCAGGAGCGACCGAGGCAUUUAAAGCUAUUGGCAAUGCCUACGCCGUGCUCAGUAACGCAGACAAACGGAAACAGUACGACCAGUACGGGGAAGAGAAGGCCCACGCGUCCCGGCACGGACGCUCCCACGCAGAUUUCCACCGCGGGUUCGAGGCGGACAUUUCUCCCGAGGACCUCUUCAACAUGUUCUUCGGAGGUGGUUUCCCCUCCAGUAAUGUUCACGUGUACAGUAAUGGCCGAAUGCGCUACACAUACCACCAGAGGCCAGAGAGGAGAGAGCAGCAGGGAGACGGGGGCCUGGCCCUUUUCGUCCAGCUGAUGCCCAUCCUCAUCCUCAUCAUCGUCUCGGCACUCAGUCAGAUGAUGGUGUCCAGCCCUCCCUACAGUCUCAGCCACAGACCGUCAGUGGGACACACUCACCGGAGGCUCACUGCAACCCUGAAGGUGCCUUACUACGUGGGGGAGCACUUUGCCGAGGAGUACACUGGAGCAAACCUGAAAAACAUAGACAGGAGCGUAGAGGACGAUUACAUUUCUAACCUUAGGAACAACUGUUGGAAAGAAAAGCAACAGAAAGAAGGCUUGCUAUACAGAGCUCGGUAUUUUGGAGACAGUGAUCUGUACCAAAGGGCACAGAAGAUGGGCACUCCCAGCUGCAGCAGGCUCUCAGAGGUGCAGGCUUCAUUACAUGGUUAAAAAUGACCCUGACCCAGACAGGGUCAGUGAUGACAGAAGAGCCACUUCGUUGGACUGCAUUAUAUAUAUAUAAUUACUUGUCCAAAACGUCACACUAUUUGGUUUGCAAAACCACACAAACAUGGAAACAGUCCCUGCCAUAUUGUCCGUGAAGCAGCAUGUUUAAUCCAGAACGGUUAGGCUGCACUUUCCACAUCACUCUUGUAGUUGAAGAAUGAACUCGUACUCCCUGUGGGCUGUAAUCUCGGAGAUCUGGGAAGUAGGAUGAGGCUGGGAUUCCUGCAGAUCUACUGGUGUGUUCUGACUGAAGAACAAGAAUCAGAAGCUGGAAAUAAUUUGGGAAUAAUUUAUUACUCUGUAACAGUGAUCUUUUAUUGGCAUAUUAUGCUGCUAAGAAUGACUCCAUAUUCCCUUUAAAUGUUUCUAAAAUAAUGUGGAAAAUGGACUCUUCUUAGAUGACUGAGCCAGUUAAAGAUGAACAUUAUUUCUGUAGUUUCUUGUAUAUAUGUUGUAAUUUUAACUAUGCAGGGACUAGAUUAAAAAUUAUUUAGCUUCCUACUUUUAUGAUUCAAUAAAUUGUACCCUGUGAAUUUGCUUGUGUUGAAUAAUUAAAGUAUGCCACUUAGUAUUUAAGAUAAUUGCAUCAGUAAAAUACUGUAUUUAUUAAAAACUGGUUCAGCUUAACUCAGUCAUAAUGCCUGUUUUUUUUUAACUGUUAAACAUUGUGAAUUUUUCAGUGCAGUGGCGGGACAGCUUCAUUUAGGAAGAACGUUCUUUAGAAAUACAGCAGUCUGUUUUAUACCAUGAAACAGAGCAUUACCAAUUAAAUAAUGCCAUUAUCGCAAGUCUGUGCUCUGGAUUCUGUGAUUUAAAUGUGUAAAUAUAUUUUGUACUUACAUUUUGAAAUGACUCAUUUCAUCUUCAGGCCACAAAUACUAAGCAGAGAACACAGAGCUGUCCGAUUUCAUAGAAUCGCAGUAAAAUCGGUGAAAAUAUUUUGUAAAUUAGAGCAGUGUUCCUAACCCUCUUGCUGAAGAAUCCCUGUUUGUUAGUUUUCGUUCAUGCUUCCCUUGAAUCACCAGUGCUGACUGAUUCUUUUAAUUUACUUGCUUGCGUAGACUUUUUGUUAACAUGUUUCUGCACUUAGUGUUGGGUUUCAAAACCACCCGACUUCAGAGCUUCUAAUCAUUAAUUUGCCUAGCCUGAAACUACGUAUUUUUCAAGUUUAUUUUUAUUGAACAGCUUUUAUUAGAUGAUUAAUUUCUGAGAAAGAUGCACAGAUAUUGUUGAGACCCUCACAAUAAGAUAUUUUGUCUCCAUUAACUUAAUUUAAAUUGGUUACAUUUUUGCAGCAUGUAUAAAUAAGAGCAGUUCUUUAAUAUAGAAAUUGGUCUGGAAUGGAAGUCAACUCCAAUUCCAUCAGACCUUUUCAGAACCUAACUCAAGUUUUAGAAGCAUGCCACCAACAGGAAAUGUAUUUCCCUGUGCUGACGUGUAAAGAACUCUGCUGAAGCACAUAUUUGUUUAAAUUAAUAUGGGAUGUAUGCUUAUUCAAAUAGCUUUGAAGAACAAGGUGUACAGAACUUAUUUUCAGUGGUGUAUUCGGCACCCAAAAUGCAAGGUGGAACUAAAUAUUGCGAAAUGUUUGUGUAAUUUAUAAUCGCACAAGAUGCAAACAAUACGUCAUACAACUCUUCUGUUGUGCGAUUGUCCCGAAAACAAAUAGUGGAUGUAGGACAUUUUGCUUUGCUUGCUAACAACGAUGGAUUUGCUUUAAAUUUUAACUACUCACCAGCUACUUUUAAAAGGUGAGUUCGGGUCUACGCACCUGAAAGCGAAAUGGUUCUAUAUUUUUGCAGGCAGUUCAGCCUUGUCUCUGCUUGUUAUCUGUUGUUAGAUGAUUUAUUCAUAAUUAUGUAAUCCCACUUCAUUCAAUUGAUAGCGUAACUACAAUAUGCUACAGAUGUGAUGGUGAGUGUUUAUAAGGCGUGUACGGAUAUAUAAUAUCAAGUAUUUUAGAUCCUAUAUAUUCUAUGUUCUGAAUGUAAAAAAAAAAGUUUAUAAUUUUCGGAAUAAAAUUUACGCGUUGUUUUGCA